AUGCCGAAGAACAAAAAGGCCAAAACGAAACACUACUCCUCGAAGCCGCCCGGCGAGCUCAGCCAGGCCGAGAUUUGGGAUGAUUCGGCUCUGAUUAGAUCCUGGAACGACGCCGUCGCCGAGUACGAGUAUUACCACAGCAUUCACGCGCGCGGCGAAGACGUCGAGGAGAUCCUGCGCAAGGCUGAGAUGGACGACCUUGACCCCGUCGAGGCUGCGCCCAAGAACGAACGGCACGACGUCGACGUUGACACUACGGCCGGACACCGAGCCAGCCUUGGAGCUGCGCAUAGUGAAGAUGGAGAAAUCGACGACGACGAGGUCGUUGCCGAUCUCCAAGCAGCCAAGGAUUCGCUGGCUCGACAAGGCACGUCUACCUCUGAUUCUCCCCGGCACCUUCACUUCCCGCAGACUAAAACCACCCUUCUUCGGGUGACAAGACAAGGCUAA